CAAGUCGGUCGCUUUAGCAGUGACGCUACCUCUCUGUGAGCUCACGACUCUGUGACGUAGAACGCAGGCAGCUGAGUCUCUUGUCAGUCAGUGGUGGUCUGCAGGAAGUGAUGCAGGGCAAAUUCCCAUUAAUAUCCAGUCAAUACGGUGCUAAACUCCGUCACUGGCAGGUUUCGCUAACUUAUUAUCUUUACAGCACACCUUAAAAACUAAAGCAGCUGAGAGGAAACAGGCUCAUACAAAAAGUCGAAAGCAAAAAAUAGAAGCGAUAGACAGGUGAUAUAUCUUUGCUGAACAAGAAGCCUCUCUCUCUACCGUUGCCUAGCCUUUUGGGACUUCGGUUCCGAUGUGUAGGAAGUGAUGAGUGGAUAUUUCACAAUAUAAUACCUCCAUCUGCUUAAAAGAAAUUCAUAUGAGGUGAACCUAAACGUACCAACACUGGGCAGUGAUGUUCUGAAGCGAUCACAUCAGGAAUCUGUAUUAAGACUCUUUUCAGCACCGAUGGCAUGUUGAGGUGUACAGCAGGGCAGCAGCGGCUGUGGACGAGAGGGAGUUUCGCCUGAAGGUGGGAAACCUGCCUCUGAGCUGUUGCUUCCAACACCAUGGGCCAGUGUGUCACCAAGUGCAAAAACCCGUCUUCCUCGCUGGGGAGCAAGAGUGGUGACAAGGAGCCUGGUGGCAAGUCGCAAGGCAAGAAGAGCCACAAGGAGGAGCUGAGCCCCGGCAAAGCUUCUGGGGACCUCCUUGCCAACGGCACCAAGAAGAUGGAGGUGAUCGAGGCCACGCAACUUCCAGCCCCGUCAGGUGACACUCGGAAGGAGGAGCUGGUUUCCAACGGCGACGAGUUCUCUGUGCACCGGAUCGAGGAACUCUUCAAGCGAUACAAGGACGAGCAGGAAGACGAGAUCCUGGAGGAGGGAAUGGAGAGCUUCUGUGACGACCUCUGUGUGGACCCCGCGGAGUUCAGAGUGCUAGUGCUGGCCUGGAAGUUUCAGGCAGCUACCAUGUGCAAGUUUACAAGGAAGGAAUUUGUGGAGGGCUGCAAAGCGAUCAAGGCAGACAGCUUGGAAGGGAUCCACAAACGUUUCCCCUUCCUCCUGGUGGAGGCCAAGAUGGAAGACAAGUUCAAGGACCUGUAUCGCUUCACCUUCCAGUUCGGGCUGGACUCCGACGAGGGCCAGCGGUCGCUGCACCGGGAGAUCGCCAUCGCCCUCUGGAGGCUCGUCUUCACACAGAACACCCCCUCCAUCCUGGAGCAGUGGUUGGACUUCCUGACGGAGAACCCCUCAGGGGUGAAAGGGAUCUCCCGAGACACUUGGAACAUGUUCCUCAAUUUUAGUCAGGUGAUCGGAACGGACCUCAGCAACUACAGUGAGGACGAGGCCUGGCCAAGCCUCUUCGACACUUUCGUGGAGUGGGAAUUGGAGAGGAGGAAAAAGGUCGAGCAGGAGAAAAAUAAAUGUACUGAGUCCCCAAGCAGCACAGAGAGCCUGGCUCAGGACCAGCAAGACUGAGUGACUGUGUGAUGAGCCGUGUGUGUGUGUGUGUGUGUGUGAGAGAGAGAGAGACAGACAGACAGAGAGAGAGAGAGAGACAGACCUCUUAUUGUUGGAAUUGAGUAAACUCUGGGCUUCUCUCUUCAAACUUUGAUGAAGAUUAUUAUUAUUAUUAUUAUUAUUAUUAUUAUUAUUAUUAUUAUUAUUAUUAUUGGUGGGGGGUAAUCCUUUUCAACACCCUUGUUUGCCUUGUCUUUUGAAAGGGCUCCAAAUACUGUAUCAUACUUUUAAAGCACUUUUAUUUUGUAUCUGAUAAUUUAAUUACCGUUUUUUUUUUUGUCUUAACCCAGUGUCCAGUAGAUCUGCCUCUGAAUAGUACAGUAGAGUAAAGCAGGACCUAUUGUUGCAGUUUUUUUUAUUAUUUUAUUUUUCCCUUUUUAUGUAAGUUUUAGUAUUAUGAACUGCAGUAGUGUCGGGGUUUAAAUGCAUUUUUAACUGAGGGAUCAUGUACUGAGUAUAGCGCAGUUUGCAACCAAAGUGAUUUUAUUUUUUUUUUGUUUUAGUUUUUUAAUAUAAAAAACACAGUGGUUUAUAGUAAUAUAAACAGUGUUAAGCAUUUACAGCUGUUACUUUUUAAUUUAUUAAAAUUGAACCAUCAACUGCUA